GUACGCCUCAUCCUCCGCCGCCAUGUAUCUCGGCCUGGUCCCGCUCGUCCUUAACCUCCUCCCGACUGUCGAGGCCCUGCGCACCUCUCUGCCCAUCCGCGAGCUGCGCAAACAGAUCCGAACCGAUGACCAGCUCAAGAGCCGCGAUGUCGACCUGUCAGCCCUCUACCCCGCUUAUAACCUGACCGUGCCCAUCGACCAUUUCCACAAUGACUCGCUCUACGAACCCCACAGCAAUGGCACUUUCAACCUACGCUACUGGUUCGAUGCCAGCCACUACAAAAAGGGCGGCCCUGUCUUGUUGUUGGAGAGCGGAGAGACCAGUGGAACAGACCGACUGCCGUUCUUGCAAAAGGGCAUUAUUGCACAACUGGCGAAGGCUACGGGUGGCAUUGGUGUGAUUUUGGAGCAUCGCUAUUAUGGCACGAGCUUCCCCCCCGUGCCAGACUUGAGCACCCAGAGUUUGCGUUUCUUGACUACCGACCAAGCUUUGGCUGAUACUGCCUACUUCGCCAAGAACGUCGUCUUCGAAGGAUUGGAGGAUCAGGACCUGACGGCACCUAACGCUCCUUGGAUAGCCUAUGGAGGCUCAUAUGCCGGUUCUUUUGUGGCCUUCCUUCGCAAGCUCUACCCGGACGUCUACUGGGGCGCCAUAUCCUCCUCCGGUGUGACCGAAGCAAUCUAUGACUACUGGGAGUAUUUCGAGGCGCACCGGAUAUACGGCCCUCAAGACUGCAUCAAGACAACCCAGAAGUUGGUAAACGUGGUCGACAAUAUCCUAAUCGGGAAGAAAGACACAGACUACCCCCAGCAGCUUAAGGACGCGUUUGGUGUGGGCAACAUAUCGCAGGAUGCUGACUUUGCAAGCCUUCUCGCUACCGGUAUUACUUAUUGGCAAAAUCGCAACUGGGACCCGGCACAAGAUGACCCGACGUUCUACGAAUUCUGCGGAAAUUUGACUUCAGAUGACGCCCUCUAUUCUCCGACCCAAGACCUCAAAUCCACCGCUCAGGAUCUCAUUAAGGUUGGCGGUUACGGCAAGGAGGUUGAGUCACUGACCAAUCACUUGCUGAACUACAUUGGAUAUGUCAACGUGACUCAGAUCUCUCGGUGUGACACUAAAAAAACGCAAGAUCAGUGCUUUUCAAACCUCGAUACGACCUUCUACGCGAAGGACGAUAUUAAUCAGACCUGGCGCUCAUGGCCCUAUCAAUACUGUACCCAAUGGGGCUACCUCCAAACUGGGAGUGGGGUGCCCGCCGACAUUCUCCCUCUAGUCUCGCGCCUUGUCGAUCUAGAAUACGCAUCUACCGUGUGCCGGUAUGCGUUCAACAUCACGACGCCUUCGGAUGUGGAGGCCAUCAACAAAUACGGCGGGUUCGGCAUCAGCUAUCCUCGGUUGGCGCUCAUCGACGGCGAAGUAGAUCCUUGGCGUCAAGCCUCGUCGCACGCGUUUGCGGCCCCGAACCGGACUUCAACGGACAGCGAGCCGUUUAUUUUGAUCUCCGGGGCGGUGCACCACUGGGACGAGAACGGGCUUUUCCCCAACGAGACUACGGCGACGUUGCCGCCAAAGGCCGUGGCUGAGGCGCAAAAGGCGGAGGAGCGGUUCGUCCGGAAAUGGAUGCAGGAGUGGCAGCAGCAGCAAGGGCGCGCCGAGCGGGAACGCGAACGACAACAGCAGGUCCGGUUGCAGUAGGUGAUGGACGAGGUAGGGCGGAUUGGUAGUAGCGUAUGAGUAGCAGUGACUUGUUCAAAUUGUUGAUAGUCAUUUGAG